GUGUGUGUGAGAGAGAGAGAGAGAGAGAGAGAGAGGUGUGUGUGUGUGUGUGUGUGAGAGAGAGAGAGAGAGAGAGAGAGAGAGAGAGAGAGUUUGGGAUGGUGGCUAAAGUGGGUGGAUGUAUUGUUUGUGUAUUGUGGUGACAGAACGCGCAAUCUGUGGGCUUGAGUCGAAAUCCAACUGCGCUGCUGGAGUAGGAGCCACGGCGCUGCCACCGGGACAAGGAGGAGGAGGAGGAGGAGGAGGAGGAGGGAUGCAACUCCCACCCUCAUGUGUUGUGUGCUUGGAUUCCUUAGGCACAAAUGGAGGACCUGCGUCGCUGCCCUGUGGACAUAAUGCGUGUUUGGAGUGCCUGCGAGAGAUGCAAGCACGCCAUGCGACGAACGGAAAACCAGUUUGUCCGAUCUGUCGGGAACCGUUCGAUUCGAACACCUGCUUUGGUCUGAACAGGGACUUGAGAGAUGCAUUGGAAAGGGCUCAGCAGGCGACCGCAGAGGCGGAGAGGCAGGCAGAAGCUGUGGCGCAAGCGCUGGAAAGAGAGCGAUUGGCGGUUGUAGAAGCAGAAAGACAAUCGGCCGCGGCAACGCAGGCACAGGCGACAGUGGGUGCAAUGAUUGGUAGAGGAUGUCAACCUGGCGGAUCGGCUCGAGCUUAUAUGGGAGACCAGGGGAGCGGGAGACAGACGGGCGAUUGGGUUGCGGGUUGGGAGGAGGGAGAAGAAGACGAAGACAGGGGUUAUGUCGGGAUCGAUCGGACAAAUUGCCGAGGAUCGAAGAACGGUGAACCGGAGGUUAACGCGUGGGGCUUUUUGAAUAGCCUGUUAUUGUUGAUGACGGGGGGCGAAGAAGAAAAACAGCCCUCUGGAGGGGAAGUUAUGGCGAGGACGCCCGCUUUCGGUGCGUUUGGUGGCGGUGCGUCGCAUGUUCCGAGCGCCCCGCCGCUCAGCAUGGCAACAGGAAUGGCGUGUGACAUCCAGAUGGUCAAGGCGGUUCUGGAAGCAAUGCCGCCGCAAUGGGUACCGGAUAGCGGGGCGUCUGCCUGUAUGCAAUGCGGCUCGCCGUUCCGACCAGUCGUGUGUUUUCGACAUCACUGUCGUUUUUGCGGGGGUCUCUUCUGCAGAUUUUGCUCGAUGGGGAGGUGUUUACUUCCGGUGCUGUUCAGGGAGAGAAACCCUCAACGUGUGUGCGACACCUGCAAGGAGCGACUGGAGCCGGUGCAGAGGGUGUUGGUUGAAAGGGUGAGCAAUGCUGCGCAAGUGGCUUUGCAUGACGUCACAGAUAUGUCGAGUAUGCGCGGAUGGAUCAACAGCCCACUGAACUUAAGCAUGGAGGAUGAGAUUUUCAAAGCUACCAAUACUCUCAGGAAUUACCGCCAGAUCUCAAACGCAGAGAAAAGGGUGAAGUGCUGGUAUAGGGCCAAGAAUCUGGAUGAGAUCUGGUCCGAGGACGAUGGACUCAAAAUCCGGAGGUUCCGCGGCUUUGGAUCGUAUGUGUGCCACCGGCAGAAAGAGGCCGGUGAUUUAUGGGGCUCUACAUAGGAUCUGGAAUUGUACGAAUGCAAGUCGAAGGGUGGGUCGAAUGUUUGCUUUUGCUUAUAUGUGAGCCGCGGAAUCAAGGCUACCCUGAGAU